AGGACAGCCGCCGCAUCGGCUGAGUUAUUAAAAAGAGUACAUGGAACGUGCUCGGUUGCAGUCAAGUUCAAACGGGCAACUGACGGACACAUCACAGCAACGAGACAGAACUCAAUUACUUAGGUCCUGAUUCUAACUCGAAAAUGCAUUUCUUCUUUUACUUGGUGGCCGCCACCUUAUGUUUCUCGGCUACAUCAGGUGCACGGCGACAACAACAUGAUAUCGCUUAUUACGUUCACCCGUGCCAAAAAUCCAGCCCCAACGUCAAUGAGUGUCUGACGUUUGCCGCCAACAAUUUGGCCGCUCAUUUUAAAAAAGGAAUCCCCGAGCUGGGCAUCCAUGACGUGGAACCUACUGUGAUCGACGAAAUCAACUUGGCGCUGGGUUCUGGUCCGGACGGUUACAGGGCCACAUUCAAAGACAUCCAAGCGUACGGUGUGAGCAAUUUGACCGUCAACCAAGUCAGAUCUGACUUGAACUCGUUGCAAUUUCAACUGACGUUCUCAAUCCCAAAGAUAUCGGCUACGGCUCAUUACAGGAGUUCAGGUGUUCUCAUUAUGGUCCAAGCUACCGGUGGCGGCGAAUACUGGGGCGAAUACGAGGGCGUCAAAGCCAAAGUAUACAUCAAAGCCAGUGAAGUUGAACGGGACUCUAGAAAAUUUUUGCAGCUAGAAGACUUGAAAAUGGACUUCAGCGUCAAAGACAUUCAAAUGGGCAUUAAGAACGUCCACAACGGUAACGCCGUACUCGAAGCGGCAUUAAAUUUGUUCAUUAACUCCAACUCGCAAGAAUUACUCAAGGAAAUGAAACCACACAUCAAAAAGAAGCUUAUGGUCAACAUGAAGUCGUUCAUCGACAACUUGUUUAGCCGAGUGCCAUACGACAACUGGAUCACCGAAUAAAUAGCACCAACCCUUGCCUUUAGGUACAUGGAGUCCGACUGACUAAUAUUACUGUGUUUUUCCCCCCAAAAAAAGAAACACUAUGUUGGCUCUACAACGAGUGACAUAAUAUUAAUUUUAACGACACAAGCAUAUUUAUAAUAUGUCUUUUUUAUAUGUAUUUCAUAAUACAUAACAUAUUUAUUUAUUUAGUACGUCUAGACAUGCGAUAUCUGAACGCAUUAAACAUUACAGAAACAAUCAAAUGCGUGAUCUCGGUGCUCACGGUUUUCAUUUUAAAAGACCACUUAUUGUAUUUAAUAUACGUCAAGCAUCUUACAAAAAUAUUACACAAUCGACGAACUUAAUUUAUAUACCAGCUAUAUGUAGCUAAUGUUUUUUUACGUAAUAUUAAUUAUUAUUUAUGUCCGAGAGUAUUUGUGUUAUCUGUUUAAGUUAACGACGGUCGAUUCUUUUUUUUUUUUAUAUAAUAUUUUGUUUUCAUUUUUUUAUGUUCCUUUUCUUAUUGUGACCAAUGAUUAUUUUUUUAAAUAAUUUCAUUGCAUUUAAGUAUUUGUUUUUUUUAUAUGAUGUUUAAAAUAAAACACUGUACAAGUAAAAUAUUAAUUUAUUUCACCUUUUUUAAUAUGGCAAAACUUCUAUUAUUACUUAUUUACAAGUGGUGUGUAUUUUAUAAAACAAUAAAAAGCAAUAUUUUAUUA